GCGACGGCGACAGCGGCGGGUAGUUGACCAUGGCGGAGCUGAAGCGGCUCUCAGAGAGCCGCGACCUGACCCGUAUCGAGCGCAUCGCCGCGCACUCCCACAUCCGCGGGCUGGGGCUGGACUCCUCCCUCGAGGCCCGCGACGCCUCGGAGGGAAUGGUCGGCCAGCUCCCCGCGCGCCGCGCCGCCGGGCUCAUCCUCCAGCUCAUCCGCCAGGGGAAGAUCGCCGGCCGCGCGGUCCUCCUCGCCGGCCAGCCGGGGACCGGCAAGACAGCCCUGGCCAUGGGCAUCGCCAAGUCGCUCGGCGCCGAGACGCCCUUCGCCUCCGUCGCCGCCUCCGAGCUCUUCUCCCUCGACCUCUCCAAGACCGAGGCGCUCACCCAGGCCUUCCGCCGCGCCAUCGGCGUCCGCAUCAAGGAGGAGGCGGAGAUCAUCGAGGGCGAGGUCGUCGAGAUCUCGAUCGACCGCCCUGCCUCUGCCGUGCCUUCAGGUGCUGCUGCUGCGGCCGGGAAGACUGGGAGGCUCACGCUCAAGACCACGGACAUGGAGACGGUGUACGAGCUUGGUGGGAAGAUGAUCGAGGCCCUUGGGAAGGAGAAGGUGCAGAGCGGGGAUGUGAUUGCGCUCGACAAGGCCUCCGGGAAGGUUACUAAGCUUGGCCGCUCCAUCGGCCGGUCACGGGAUUAUGAUGCCGUUGGUGCGCACACAAAGUUUGUCAAGUGCCCUGAAGGAGAGCUCCAGAAGCGCAAGGAGGUUGUGCACUGCGUCACCUUACAUGAGAUUGAUGUCAUCAAUAGCAGGACACAAGGCUUUCUUGCACUUUUUACUGGUGACACUGGUGAGAUUCGUGCAGAGGUCAGGGAACAGAUUGAUACAAAAGUUGCUGAGUGGAGAGAGGAAGGAAAGGCGGAGAUUGUCCCUGGUGUUCUGUUCAUCGAUGAAGUCCACAUGCUAGAUAUCGAAUGUUUCUCCUUCCUGAACCGUGCUUUGGAGAAUGAUAUGGCUCCAAUCCUAGUUAUUGCUACAAAUCGAGGCAUUACAACCAUACGCGGGACCAACUACCGAUCGCCACACGGUAUCCCGUCCGAUUUCCUCGAUCGUCUCUUGAUCAUCACAACACAGCCAUACACGGAGGCUGAGAUCCGGAAGAUCUUAGACAUCAGGUGCGACGAGGAAGAUGUUGACAUGUCUGCGGAUGCCAAGGUCUUGCUCACAAAGAUUGGCACUGAGACCUCCCUGAGGUACGCAAUCCACCUGAUCACCUCCGCCGCUUUAGCUUCCCAGAAGCGCAAGGGCAAGGUGGUGGAGAUGGAGGACAUCAGCCGGGUGUACCAGCUCUUUCUGGACGUGAAGAGGUCGACGCAGUACUUGAUGGAGUACCAGAGCCAGUACAUGUUCAGCGAAAUGCAAGGGGAAGCAGAUGGGGACGAUGCCAUGCAGUCCUAGAUGGAUAGUUUUAUGAUGUAAACUGUGGUUGAUGUGUAUUUUCUUGGAUACUCUCUGGUUUAGAACUUUAGAUUAGUGUUAAGCCAAAGAUGAUGUUACCUCAGGAAAUAGCUCCGGUGCGCAUUGCUUCCGCCGCGCUUACACGUAAUUAUCGAGUGGACCA